AUGAGUGACAGUGACGAUCAAGUGACCAAAAAGAAACAUGAUGAUCAAAGUGCAGGCUGCAGUAAAAUAUUUGAUACGUGUGCACAAAGUUUACUUUACGGAACACAAUCUGCCGAUUCAAACCAAAGUACACAAACAAUGAAAGAUGUAGGUGAUAUUAUGAUUGAAACCAAUAAUGACCAAGAUUCAUUUCAUUCGGGGCAAAUUAUACGAGUGAGAGUGGGCAAAAAUCCUGCUGAACGUAAUCGUUUGUAUCGAGAGCGACACCGAGAAGAGAUCAAUCAGCGAAGAAGAGAAAACCGGCAACGUAAAAAAAAAUCUCAACAAAUACAUAGAGUAUCUAUUAUACAGAACAUAAACGAAAUUGAACAAAUUACUCGCACACCAUCCAAUAAUCAACGUUCAAGUUCGUAUACAAAGAGACAAAAACGAUACUACGAAAGUCACAAAGAAGAAAUAAACAAGCGCAAAAGAGACCGUAGGCUAAAGCAAAAUAUUUCACAGACGAUUCCUGCUACCGCUGCUGAACGUAAUCGUGAUUAUCGAGAGCGAAACAGACAAAAAAUUAAUGAACGCAGAAGAAACAGUAGGCUGCUUCAACAAAAUGUACAGCGUGUAUUUCACGAGGUGAUCAAACCCGACCCGGACGCGCUUGAACAAGACGAGAACAAUUCUGGCAGCGACGAUACUUAUAGAAAUAGCAGCACGAUGUUUGAGGAAAAAUUAGUUUUCAAUGACAUAGUACCCAUAUUAAGGGAAAUGGCAUCCUAUUUGCAAACGAUGGCAAAUAAACAAGAAGAUACCUUUGAAAGUUUCGGCACGUACGUAGCAACCAUGCUGAGAAACAUGCCUGAACAAAAUUCGAUGGAAUUGCAGCUACAGAUAGUAAAUCUAUUGCAGAACAUA